AUGACAACUUCCGAAGUCACCCUGCCCGACGGUCGCAUCCUCGCAUACAUCGACUACGAUCCCCCAACAGCGUCAGGGGAUGGUGGACACGCAACCGCAGCCUCACCCGCCAAACCCGUCUUGUUCUACUGUCACGGCUUCCCAGGAUCUCGUGUCGAAGGCGACUUUCUCAAGUCGACCGCCCAACGGCAUGGCGCGAGACUGAUCUCCAUCGAUCGCCCGGGUAUGGGCCUAUCCACGUUCCAGCCUCAUCGGACGGUCCUCGACUGGCCGCAGGACGUGCUGCACCUGGCCAACCACCUACACAUCGAUGGCUUCUACGUCGUCGGUGCCUCCGGUGGGGCACCCUACGUGUUUGCAUGUGUCAAAGCGCUGCCAAAGACCCGGCUACUCGGGGCGUGUGUCGUCGCUGGAGCGUAUCCUCUCAGCUUAGGCACCGACGGAAUGUCGUGGCCGAACCGCAUCCUCAUGUGGACUGCAUCGUCGAAAUGGUUCUCAUGGGUAUCGUCGCUGCUGAUGGACCUGGAAUUUGGAUCCGUCGCGCGAGAUCGCGAGCACCCCGAACGAAUGACGAAGAUGAUGGUGCAGGUCAUGAAGUCCAGACCCGGACCCGAUGCGAAGUGCGUCGACAGCGAGUGGGCCACGGCGAAACUGGUCGAGGCUCUGCAGGAGAGCUACAGGCAGCCUGGGGACGGAGUGAACCUGGACAUCAAGUUGAUUGCGGGGGACUGGGGGUUCAAUCUCGCCGAUCUGGACACGGAGGGUUUCAACAUUAGCCUGUGGCACGGAGGCCUGGAUGCGAAUGUGCCGGUGGGCAUGGCGAGAAAGGGAGCCGCGUUGAUAAAAGGGGCGAAACUAAGAGUGCUGGAGGAUGAGGCGCAUUUGAGCAUUUCCAUGAAUGCCCAGGACCAGUUUCUAGAGACCUUGCUAGGUAGGUAG